AUGGAAGGUCUCUGCGUCUCCUCUCUGCGAGUGCUAUGGCUGACCCUGCUGCCUGCGGUCUUGAUCUGCGUCCUCCUCUUCUCCUACCUGUGGACCUUCCUAUGGCUGAGACCGGAGAGGAUCAGGCAGAGACUGAGGCGCCAGGGAGUGAAGGGCCCCAAGCCUUCUCUCCUCCUGGGGAACAUACCGGAGAUGAGGAGGAUUCAGAAGCAGCUGGCCGAAUCUGACCACCAAGAACAACAAGAAGCAGCAGCAGGGGGCAGCCAUCGCUUCUCCUCCAAUUACAUGGCCGCUCUGUUCCCUUACUUCCUCCACUGGAACAAGGUCUACGGUUCCAUCUACCUGUAUUCCACCGGAAGCAUCCAGUUUUUGUUUGUGACGGAUCCAGACAUGGUGAGGGAGCUGGCCAACUGCAAGUCUUUGGAUCUUGGAAAGCCUCGCUACCUGCAAAAGCAGCUUGGAGCGCUUCUUGGCACGGGAAUCUUGACGGCAAACGGUGACCUUUGGGCACAUCAACGGAAGGUUAUCGCGUCUCACUUCUUCAUGGACAAGGUUAAGGGAAUGGUGGAUUUGAUGGCAGAGUCUGCAGAUGAAAUGCUGGUCUCAUGGGAGGAUAUAGUUGACAGGGGAGGUGGCAGUGCAGAGGUGGUGGUUGAUGAGUUCUUGAGGAACUUCUCGGCUGAUGUCAUAUCAAGAGUUGCUUUCGGGAGCAGUUUUUGUGAAGGCGAGGAGAUAUUCAGCAAGAUCCGACAGCUUCAGGUGGCAAUGGCAAAGCAAGAUAUAUUUACUGCUCUUCCUGGUAGUAGAUACUUACCAACAAAUCGCAACCGAGAGAUUCGGAGGCUCGGCGCAAGCAUCCGGGACCUCAUCCUGGACAUAUCGAGGAGGCAUGAAGAAGAACACGACCCGCCGGCGACAUCAUCUGCGAGCAACGGCGACGGCCUCCUGCGUUCCAUCGUCGAGGGCGCCAAGGCCGCCGCCGGCGCUUUCAGUCCCUGCACGGCUGAGGACUUCAUCGUGGACAACUGCAAGAACAUCUACUUCGCGGGGCACGAGACGACGUCGACCACCGCCGCCUGGUGCCUGAUGCUCCUCGCCGCGCACCCGGAGUGGCAGUCCCGCGCGCGCGCCGAGGUCCUGGAGGUUCGCCGCCAUCAGGGACAAAAGCCGGUGGACGCAGACACGCUCCGGAAGCUGAAGACGGUGACGAUGGUGGUGCAGGAGACGCUCCGGCUGUACCCGCCGGCGCCGUUCGUGACGCGGGAGGCGCUGCGCGACCUGACACUCGGCGGGCUGCACGUCCUGAGCGGGACCGGCGUCCGGGUCCCGAUAGCGCUGGCGCACCGCGACCCCGCCGCGUGGGGACCGGACCCCGACGGGUUCGACCCGGGGCGGUUCGCCAAAGGUGUGGCGGGCGCGUGCAGGCCGGCGCACAUGUACAUGCCGUUCGGCUUCGGCGCGCGCACCUGCGCCGGGCAGAACCUCGCCGUGGUGGAGAUCAAGGUCGUGCUGGCGACCCUGCUGCCCAGGUUCGAGCUCGCGCUGUCGCCCGGGUACGUCCACCGCCCCGCGUUCAGGCUCACCGUCGAGCCCGGGAGCGGCGUGGCCCUGGUGCUUAGGAAGCUCUGCUCUGCUGAUUGA